CGGUGACCUUAAUUCGGCUUUCGCCUUCACAUAACUUGUCCUCUACCAACUACAACGCCAGUCCGCCUAGCCCAGUCUCUCUUUCCAUUGAGCUGUUUACGAGCCGUUCUCUUCUCGUAAAUCGACUAAUCUUUGUAAUUCCUGCACCUAUUUUCGACUUGCACCCGUCAAUUGCUUCUUGCAGUAGUUUGUUCACUCUUUCAAAUCCUUCGGCGAACCUGUAAGUGGUCGGCGUUUUAUCGCUACAUCUCCUUUUUGUUUUAGCCAUGGCGCGUCCUAGGGCUCUUCUAUUCACAGUAGUUGCCGCUGCUCUUUUUCUUGUACUAUGGUUUCAUGUUCCUCAAUUAAACUCUUCCUCUAAUUUCGCGUCUCUGGACAAAACAGACUUAUGGACGCAGCAAGACUUGACCAGUACCGUCGACGAGUCCACUACUGAGUCUAGUCAGACAGACGCAAAUGAAAAGAGCACAAGUGAACUUCUCACCUCGUGCACAGUCGCGUACGAUGAAAGCAAGAGUGUGUUUCAGUACGUGGUCAUGAUUGAUGCGGGUUCCACGGGUUCCCGUGUUCAUGUAUACAAGUUCAACAACUGUAAUCCCUCCCCCGUACUCGAUGAUGAAUUCUUCAAGAUGUCCGAGCCCGGUUUGUCAUCGUAUGCCGAUGAUCCGGAUGCUGGUGCUCGCUCGUUGGACGAGUUGUUGGACUACGCAAUGGAACAUGUUCCCAAAGAGUACCAGUCGUGCUCUCCUAUUGCUGUCAAGGCCACUGCUGGUCUGCGUCUUACUGGCCCGGCGAAGGCCAAGGCCAUUCUCGACAAAGUUCAUCAGCACUUGGAACGAGACUAUCCUUUCCCAGUGGUUGAGAAAGGCGGUGUCGAGAUUAUGGACGGUUCGAUGGAGGGCGUAUACGCCUGGAUCACCAUCAACUAUCUUCUUGGCAACCUGAACGUCAAGCCCUUCCAUUCCACUGUCGCCGUAAUGGAUCUCGGUGGUGCUUCGACACAAGUUGUGUUUGAGCCAAAGUACUCGAGCCCUUCCGAAACGCUUGCUGAGGGUGACCAUCGCUACGUUCUCGAUUACAACGGUGACCGUUACACACUGUACCAGCACUCUCACUUGGGCUAUGGUUUGAAGGAAGCGCGCAAGGCUGUGCAUAAGGAGAUUGUCGAUGCUUACAAUGUGGAACCGAAACCCGACUCGAUGCUCCAUCCUUGCUUGCCCGUCGACACGAACAUUACGCUUUCGCUCCCCCCGGCCUCCGACGAUACUUUGGCACAAGACGUUGUUUUCCACGGACCUCCCUUCGUCCCUGCAGCUUUGCAAUGCCGUGCUUACACGGAGAAAAUUUUGAACAAGGAUGAGCACUGUUCGCUGUUCCCUUGUUCCUUCAACGGUGUUCAUCAACCCCGUUUCCGGGAAACAUUUUUGAACGACAAGAUCUUCUUGAUUAGUUACUUUUACGACCGAAUGGUCGACAUUGGCAUGCCAAGCACCUUCACGAUUGAAGAGAUGAAGGAUCUUGCCGACCAGGUGUGUCGUGGUCCUCAGGCAUGGUCGCUCUUCUCCAACGUUGUUGGAGCUGUCGACGCACUGACGGAUGAACCAGAAUGGUGUUUGGAUUUGAACUACAUGAUUACACUGCUAGCCACUGGUUACGAUAUUCCUAACCGUCGCGAGCUUCACACUGCCAAGAAGAUCAACGGAAUGGAACUUGGAUGGUGUCUCGGAGCCAGUCUUCCACUUUUGUCUUCCGAAACCGGUCACUGGACUUGCAAGGUUUCGAAGGAAGUGUAAGCUAUGAAUGAAUUCGAACAAAAAAAAUAAUUUGGUUUGAUUGAUUGUUUGUGCGAGUUUGUACACUUUUUGUACACGAGAUCUUAAUAAUAAUAAUAAUAUCUGUUUUAUUCGAA